UGGAACGGAACGGAACGUCGCGAAAUAGCGAAAAGAUAUAGUACACUUCGGCACUUUAUCACUGGCAAAAUAAAAACAAAACAUUCUUAACGCGAACGGGGCUGUGGAUUUUCAGUUUAUUUCAUUUGCCCAUUUGCGUGCGACAAUCGCCUUGGGCCAAGUUUGAGUUAGUUUCCAAGUUUGCAUUAUUGUAAUUAGCCUGUCCGGCGACUACGAAACGAAACGUAUAAAAAAUAAAACGCAGAAUAAUUGCGCUGGAAAUAAUGUGCGCGGCUAAAAGCGCUAACGUAACGGCUAAAUAAUAGUAGAAAGUUUUUAUUGUUAUCUCUUCUUCUGAGCCGCAGCUGCCAAAAGCCGAAUAACCAUAGCAAAACCAGCAAAACCGUCGAAAUUUUGCGUGUGAACAGAAAAGAAAUCCGAUUUUGGCCCCAUAUCUCCAAAUUUUUGUGACUGUGUGUGCUCAGCUUACAAAAUUGGUAGCGUUUAGACGUCGUUAGACGCUCAGUCAACAAACCCAAUAAUAUCCAAAAACACAAACACCAACAAAAAAAGCGGCAAAAUGUCCGGCCCACUGCCCGAAAUCAGCGAGGAGCAACGUGCCACAUUGGAGCAGUUUCGCAAACAAAUGGACGAUGCUCUGGUAGAAACACACGACGACUACUUUUUACUGCGCUGGCUAAGAGCUAGGAAAUGGGACAUUGAUGCAGCCGAGAAAAUGCUGAGAGCUAGCUUGAAAACCCGAGCCAUGUGGAAUGUAGACAACAUCGAGAAAUGGGAUCCCCCUAAGGCGCUACAGGAAUACCUGCCCUACGGCCUCAUGGGUUACGACAACGAAGGAUCACCGGUCCUAGUUUGUCCAUUCGCCAACUUCGACAUAUGGGGCAUGCUGCACUGCGUCACGCGAUUUGAGUUUCAAAAGUACUUGGUCCUGCUGCUGGAGCGCUUUAUGAAGAUCGCCUACGACCAGAGUCAGAAGCACGGAUGGCGGUCGCGUCAGCUGGUUGUAUUUUUUGAUAUGCAGGAUGUGAACCUGAAGCAGUACGCCUGGCGACCGGCGGCGGAAUGCGUGAUCUCCAUGGUGAAGCAAUACGAGGCCAACUUCCCAGAGCUGCUCAAAAUGUGCUACAUUAUCAACGCCCCGAAGCUCUUCUCAGUGGCGUUCAAUAUUGUAAAGAAGUUCCUCGACGAGAACACCACCAGCAAGAUCGUGAUCUACAAGUCCGGAGUGGAUCGAUGGCAGCAGCAACUCUUCUCCCAUGUCAACCGCAAGGCAUUUCCAAAGGCCUGGGGCGGUGACAUGGUGGACAGAAACGGUGAUCCCCAGUGCAAGGCCCUGAUGAUCUGGGGCGGCAAGCUGCCGGAGGAGCUGUAUAUCGAUCAGAACAGCCAGCAGAGCGACAGGGACUUUGUAGAGGCCCAGGUCCCGAAAGGCGACAAACUAAAGCUGCACUUCAAGAUCAACGGGGAGGAGCAGAAGAUCCUUUCCUGGGAGUUCCGCACCUUCGACUACGACAUCAAGUUCGGCAUUUACAGCGUGGACGAUAAGACUGGCGAGAAGCGCAGCGAAGUGCCGCUUGGAACAGUGUACUCUAACGAGAUGGACGAGGUCGGUUAUAUCUCCACCCGUCCCCACACCACUUACACGGUGGUGUUCGACAACUCCGCCAGCUACCUGCGCAGCAAAAAGCUCCGCUACUGGGUGGACCUGAUUUCCGAGGAGGAGGAGGGCAUCUCCGAGCUGACCAGCCAAAUGGACAACACUCAGAUUGCGAGUCAGUAGUAUACAGGACACAGUUCCCGCGCGACGAGCAACCAAGCCAAAAACAAAUGGGGGUAGAUAGAUUAUUAGGAAUUGACAACACGAACUAACCUCGGUGCAAUAGUCAAAAAGCAUCUUGACCAGAUCUCCGCUGCCGUCUGCUCUCCAGCAGUCCUCAUGGCAACGCCUCUGGCAAAUGUGCAAUCUAACUAUGUGAUAGAAACAAAUUAGCAAAGGAACUCAAAAGUAUGACUCACAUCUACAUUUAAAGUUAAUUUUUAUUACAUACCUAACCGCUCUGUUUAGUUAACAAUAUUGGAUGUGUAAUCGUGUUUUCAUACCCGUUUUCAGGGAGUACAGCACAAUAAAUGUAUAUAGCACCUGA